AUGGCGCACUUAUACCACCAGACCUCCACGAUUUGUGACAGUCCCCCGGAAAAACCAUCGAAUUGUGACUCCGGCCUGGGGGAGGACACAUCCUCAGUCUCUGCCAACAUAGCCAUCGCUGUUCCGACAGAGGCGCCGGCUGUUGAUCAGCUUGCCAAGGCACCCAGGACCGGAGUGAAUGAAAAGGCCAAAGUGAUUGUGCUCGGUGCGGGUAUUUCUGGCCUCCGCGCCGCCUCUGUGCUCCAGCGCCACGGCUUGGACGUCACUAUCAUAGAAGCUCGCGAUCGUAUCGGUGGUCGUAUCCACACCACGAGAAAUGCACAGGGCGUGCCAAGAGAUAUUGGCGCUGCAUGGUGCCAUGAGACCAGCCACAAUCCUCUCGUCAAGCUGAUUUCGAAGCUGAGGCUCGACUACUACUAUGAUGACGGGCUGCCCAUCUAUUAUACGGAGCAAGGUCGGACUGGUGCUCAAGCCAAACUCAAAAAAGUCGCCGACGAAGCUGCAGACUAUAUGGAGUGGUACUACGGAACGCACCCCGAAGCGCCUGAUCAGCCCGUGUCGGACUUUGUGAACGCGUUCGUUGCCAAUCAUGAACUCAUUACCGAUGAUGAGCGCUUGUGGGCACCACAGGCAUUCAAAGAAGUAGAGCUCUGGAUUGGAACCUCCAUCGAGACCGCCUCUUCCAAACAUCUCUCCUACUUCAUUACCGAACGCAAUCUGUACAUGAAAGGUGGUUAUGAUGCCAUUGUCCAAUGGACUGCCGAUUGUCUCCUGCCCAAUACCAUCCAGCUGAACAGCGUUGUCGACAGCGUCAUGUGGUCGGAAGAUGGUUCCAGGAAAUCUGCCGUCGAGUAUCACGACGAUGCAGGAAAUGUGCGUGUCGUUGAAGCCGAUGCCGUGGUCUCUACGCUGCCGCUGGGCGCUCUCAAACGUGACCUGGUCCACUUCGAUCCACCAUUGCCUAACGACAUGCAAUUCGCUAUAUCCAAGUACAGCUAUGGAGCUCUAGGCAAAGUAUUCUUCGAGUUUGCUGAUGUCUUCUGGAGUAAGGAGAAUGAUCAGUUCGUGUACUACCCGUCUCCUCCAGAACUGGUCAUCGACCAGUACUCGACCUCACCUGGGGCAUCGAGCACCUCUUCUGACGAACAGGACUCAAUUCUCAACUACGCGACUGUUACUAUCAACCUCUGGAUUAUGACGGGGGGGAAGGAACUCUGUAUCCAGAUCGCUGAGCCCCUGACUCAGCGCAUCGAGGCCAUGACCACUAAGGAGGAGAUCUACAAAUUCUUCGAGCCCCUCUUUAAGCUUUUCCGCACAGAGCCAUACAAGUCUCUCCCUCCUCUCAUCGAUGUGGAGACUACGCACUGGUCUCACGAUCCGCUGGCUGGAUAUGGCUCCUACUCUGCCGACAAGGUUGGCGACGAGCCUGAUCUGUACAUGGAAGCUCUUGAGGAGCACAAGGAUUCGCGACUUCAGUUCGCCGGAGAGCACUGUACUCGGAGUGGUAAUGGAUGUGUACACGGCGCAUUUGCCACAGGUGAGACUGCGGCGAAGAAUCUUCUGAAGAGCCUCGGCGUGGAACAUGACGGUGGAGAUUUUCUCAGCCUUCAUUGAGCAAUGGAAUUUUGCAUGGGGCGUUCAUUGUCGAUGAUUUCACUCUUGCUGCAUUCUGUCUCUACGAGACCCCAGUGCUGAUCCAGCACAACAUCGUCACAUCGCAAUAUGAUCAAUGUUCAGCUCGUAUGAUCUCUUCC